UAGCACAGCUGAUGUUUGAUUCACUUCCGGUGUCAGUUUUGUCAGUGCUCGUAGCACGCUAGCUGCUAGGUAAUGUUGAACGCGAGUGUUUACUGUUUGUGUUCACACCUGUCUCUUCUUUGAUCGGAGCUGUUUUCUUCAAGCGCAGAAACAUGGUUUUCUACUUCACCAGCGCCGUUCUCACACCCGCCUAUACCAUCUACAUGGGGAAGGACAAAUAUGAAAAUGAAGAUCUCAUAAAAUACGGAUGGCCGGAGGAUAUUUGGUUUCACGUGGAUAAACUCUCCUCUGCACACGUAUACCUGAGAAUGCCCAAGGGAAAGACGAUAGACGACAUACCCAAAGAGGUCCUGAUCGACUGUGCACAGCUCGUAAAGAACAACAGCAUUCAAGGCUGCAAAAUGAACAACAUCAAUGUUGUUUACACGCCAUGGGGCAACCUGAAGAAAACCGGAGACAUGGACGUGGGUCAGAUUGGUUUUCACCGCCAGAAAGAGGUGAGAACUGUGGCAGUAGAAAAGAAAAUCAACGAAAUCAUCAAUCGGCUGGAGAAGACAAAGGAGGAGAAAUACCCCGAUCUCGCAGCAGAGAAAGAGUCCAGAGAUAGAGAGGACCGGAACGAGAAAAAGGCUCAGAUUCAGGAGAUAAAGAAAAAGGAAAAGGAAGAAAUGAAGAGGAAAAAGGAGCAGGAGGAGAUGAGGAAUUAUUCAUCACUUAUGAAGAGUGAAAACAUGACCACAAAUGAGGACGGUAACGAUUCUGACGAUUUUAUGUAACUGGGAAAAAAAAAGAUCUGCAAAUCAGACCUGACAUCUUAAAAAUGUGCGCAUGCUCAGAGGAACUCCAGUGUGUGCUGUAAUGGAGGAACUUGCUUGCUGUGCAUCUUAAACACUACCUGUGCCAAUAAAGCAUUUUGCCCGGAUCAUCUUGGAGCAAAUUUACCAACUAUUACCAAGAAAAAGCAACAUCUGAUGUGGUGGGACUGUUCAUGAAGCGAGGAUUGUUUUUCUGGGUAUCUUUGUUGAUGUUUCUACAGUGCAGAUUGUCAUUUUGUGCUUUGGAGGAAUAGAAUGGCAUGGUUUUAUUAUUCCAUAACUGAUUCUGCAACAUUGCCACAUUUCUUUCCAAAUUUUUAAAGAUCAGGGCUUGGAUGUUGGUCUACCAUGGAUUGUGUAGUUUCAUGUGCUGUAAAUCUUGGCUCAGUUCUUUUCUUGAGGUGUUAUGAGAGCCAGAGGCUAAUACAAGCACACUGACUCUGUGAUGUAUGGCAGCGUAUAUAUGCUAGCCCUGGUUCAUUUCCUGUUUGUUUUUCUUAUGGAUGCAAAACAAUAAAUCUUAAACCACA